UUCUUUACUUGCAUCGGUUGCUUUUUUUUUACCCCCUGCUGCCAUGCGCCUCGGAUUCAUCCAUCAGCUGCACUGCCAUCGCUCGCUCCCUCGCUAUCUGCAUCGUAAAUCGCAUAUACCGCGGGGUGCUGUUGUUGUUCAUGUUGUUGCUUCAAGCUCUUUGACCGCCGUUUGGAAGAAAUAUACUGCCUCCUCGCAGAUUGCUCCUCGCUUUCGUGAUCCGUUCAAGGUACUCCCAUGUUCACACCGAUGACAGCUUCUGUCGGUGCUGCCUGGACUCCUGCGAAUUCUGUAGGCUGGGCAUCACCUGCAAUGCCUACUCCUCAAAUUCCCGCACUGCUUGUAGCAUCGCAGGAGCAACAAAUACCGCUACAGCCCGUCAGUCCGCUCUGGAAAUUCUCCGCGGCAUUUUCGUCGCAAGUACUGCUUGUAGGGUUCCUGGUACUCCCUCUGGCAUUUGGGGAUGACGAGGCUGAGUCCCUAGCGGACAAGACAACCGCGACGAUCGCAGCUUUCGUUCUCAUCGCUCUUGCAUACUCUUUGUCACUCGCAGUCGUCUGCUUCCAGUUUCAUGACCGCAAAUUCCUGCUAAAUUCUCUGUUUCUACCUUGCCUGUGUUCAAACCUCCUCGCUCUUUUGAACGUCGUGCUCAACAUCAGCUGUCGAAAGCUACUGCCAAUAGGCACCUUAGAGUCUGUCAGCUUGGGUCUCCCUAGCGCUUUUGCUUUCCUUUCAGGCUUUGGAGCUUUCUGUGCCUACGCGUGGAACGUUCCCGGUGUCUUUGGAGCGGACGACCACGAUCGUCCACACUUGACUGAUGAAGAGAUGCAGCGACAGCAAUUACAGAGGCUCUUAGAACCCGAUUCCUCCAAAAAGAGCCGGAAGUCCAGGUUGUAUCAGAAAACCUUUCAAGUCAAGGCCCCUGAUCUAGUCAACCCCGCAAAGGGCUGGGAUACUUUUAUACCUCCUCCCAGAGAGGAGAACUUUUUCAGAUGAGAUAUCGUUUAAUGUCUUGAAGGUGUAACUUGG